CCAUGAUAAAACCGAGUAAGCUCUCCACAAACUGCACUCAGUUACUGGAUUUAAUUAAACAAGUUAAUACUAACAUUAUUGUAGACAUAUACCUGGAAGAGUAAAAUACUUGUUUUAUUGUUCAGCUGGGACCCACAGCAGAGAUUCAGUUCAAGACAACAAUGCAUUACAUCUCCUCAAUUAAUCAGGAUAAUUCUUCGUACUGGACCUAGCUUUGAUGUCCAGCCCAUUUGAGUCACGUCUCUCGCCUGCACUGCAUCCUGACCUGUUUAAGACAGUCAAGGCAAGUUAUUCUGGAAUCAUGUCAGAGACUGGACAUGCUAGUUCCACACAGGUCAUCAGCAGUGGCUCAGACCAGGAUGAGAAGCAGGAAAAGUCAAGGAAAAGUGUGAAUAAGGAGGCAGAAUGGGGACACAUUGCUAUGUUGGACAAAAAAGAGGACUUUUUCCAGAUCUGUGACAGCGAGGGAAAGGGCUUCAUCACACGUACGGAUAUGACGAGGCUGCACAAAGAAUUGCCACUCACUACUGAGGAACUCGAGAACGUCUUUGACUCACUAGAUCUUGACAAAAAUGGAUACCUGACGCUAGGAGAGUUUUCCUCUGGAUUUAGUAACUUUCUUUAUGGACGGAGAGUCUCUAUGACAGAGGAACUAAUGACUACAUCCUCUCAAAUAGUUCCAGAAGCUCUUGAUCAGAGUUCAGGGGAUGAACAGCUGUCAGAGAACGAGGAUGAUGAAGAGAGACAUUUCAGCAUGUUGAUGGAGAGCUUGGGUGCUAGCAAUGUAUUUGAAGACCCGAGUGAGGUUCGCAACCUGUGGGCUCAGCUCAGGAAAGAUGAGCCUCACCUCUUGUCCAACUUUGAAGAGUUCCUGGCCCGUGUCACGUAUCAAAUCAAAGAGGCACGACAAGAGAGGAAGGAGAUGGAGAGUGCCCUCAGGAGGAAAGCAGCCACACAUGACACUGAAAUUUGCAGAUUAUACGAGGAAAUGGAGCAACAGAUGAUUAAUGAAAAAGAUCGAGCAAUUCUGAAGGACUCUGAAAAUCUGCAGUCACGCAGUCAAGACCUCAAGCAGCGGCUCCGCUGUAAAGAACGGGAAUUGGAGCAGCUUUUCCAAAAACAGAGGAGGUUGGAGCGACAAUGUCAUGACCUUCAUAGCGAACAUCAGGUGAGUCGACUGGAGAACGUUAAGCUCAAAAUGACCAACGAGGAGCUGUCUUGUGAACUUGAGCACACCUGCCAGGAGCUAGUGUUGGCUCAGGAGCAGCUGGGCAUUCUGCAGGAGCAGGCCUCUCGACUACAGCAGGAAAGAGAGAUGGAGAUGUACAGAAUCACAGAAGGCUUGCAGAGAGAAAAACAGAGCUUGAUGAAACAGUUGGAUCUACUCAGAGAAAUGAAUAAACAUCUACGAGAUGAGCGAGACAUUAACUUUCUGAAACGCAGUAAUUCAAUGAAAAAAUCCUCACGCAAGCAAAGACCGAGCACAUCCUCAAUGAAAUACACUGAGGGAAAACCAUCUGUCAAAAAAGAAGUUGAUAAAGAGGAAGUUACUCAGCGUUCUAACAGGAAGACCUCCUCUCUAGCAAACGGUCUAUGUUCACCCUUCAGCACAGGGCAUGAUGGGAAGCCAGAGGUGGAUGGGCGAUCUGAAAAAGUAGCUGGGGACUCAGAAGGUGUAAAUGACAGAGUGGAUGUAGAGGAUGCACCACCGGAUGGAUGGCCUCUACGCAGAGUCAUAUCCAUCGAGGAGGAUCACCUCCCACACCUGCUGCAAGGAGACCCUCACCUUCUCCUCCAUCAGCUAAGUGAAGAAGAAGAAGAGUGGGGCAAAGAAGAAGGUCAGGUCAGUCUGACCAAGUCAAGCUCCCUGUACCCGUCCAAUGCAUCCCUGGCCUCUGCUGACUCUCCACCACCAGUUAGAGUGAAGAAGCCGUCUAAGAAGAAAUGGAUCAGAGGAAACAUGCCCUCAUCUGCACGGGGUCAGCCAGUCGGAAAGGAGACCCUCCAGCAGGCAAGUGAACCCUCAAAGAUGUUGAUUACCAUAACAGAAGUGAUUAACAUAUAG